CUCCUCCUCCUGCUGCUGCUCCUGCAGCAAGCGCCGCCGCCAGCGUCUCCCUCAGACGCUCUGAGGCAGCUGCCCGGGCAGGAGUGGCGCGGCGUCCCUUACCUUGGAAGAGCGAGGACAGCCUCUCCUGGCUCGGGAGCAGGCGGCUGAAGAACCGAGAAAGGCGCCGGCGGAACCUGGGGCGAGGAAGGACCGGCCUCGUAUCCAUGCCGUGAGCUGCCCCGGUCUCGGAAGGCUGGACGGACUGGAGCGUCCCCGAGGAAACGCCGGCUGUGUGGAAGAAAAUGUCAGUCAGCAUGCAUGAGAAUCGCAAAUCUAGAGCCAGCACUGGCUCCAUAAACAUAUAUCUGUUCCACAAAUCUUCAUAUGCUGAUAGCGUUCUCACUCAUCUAAACCUUCUGCGCCAACAACGUCUUUUUACGGAUGUGCUUCUUCAUGCUGGAAGCAAGUCAUUCCCUUGCCAUAGAGCUGUCUUAGCUGCUUGCAGUCGAUACUUUGAAGCCAUGUUCAGUGGAGGACUCAAGGAGAGCCAAGCCAGUGAAGUCAACUUCCAUAAUUCCAUCCACCCAGAGGUUCUAGAACUUCUCCUGGACUAUGCAUACUCCUCAAGGGUCAUCAUCAAUGAAGAAAAUGCGGAGUCUCUUCUGGAGGCUGGAGACAUGUUGGAGUUUCAAGACAUCAGAGAUGCUUGUGCAGAAUUCCUGGAGAAAAAUCUUCAUCCUACUAACUGUCUCGGCAUGCUGCUUCUGUCUGAUGCUCACCAGUGUACCAAACUCUAUGAACUCUCUUGGAGGAUGUGCCUUAGCAACUUCCAGGCUAUCAGCAAAAGCGAAGAUUUUCUCCAGCUCCCAAAAGACAUGGUUGUGCAGCUCCUGUCUAGUGAAGAAUUGGAGACUGAAGAUGAGCGUCUGGUGUAUGAGUCUGCCAUGAAUUGGAUUAACUAUGAUCUGAACAAACGCUACUGUUAUCUACCAGAACUGUUGCAGACUGUGAGACUGGCUCUUUUGCCAGCCAUCUAUCUGAUGGAGAAUGUGGCUACCGAGGAGCUUAUCACCAAGCAGAGGAAGAGCAAAGAGAUUGUUGAAGAAGCAAUAAGGUGCAAGUUGAAGAUUUUGCAGAACGAUGGUGUAGUCACCAGUUUGUGUGCGAGGCCUCGAAAAACUGGCCAUGCCCUAUUUCUUUUAGGAGGACAAACCUUUAUGUGUGACAAGUUGUACCUGGUUGACCAAAAAGCAAAGGAGAUCAUCCCAAAAGCUGACAUCCCAAGCCCAAGGAAAGAGUUCAGUGCAUGCGCUAUCGGCUGUAAAGUCUACAUUACAGGUGGCCGGGGAUCUGAAAAUGGCGUCUCUAAAGAUGUUUGGGUGUAUGAUACACUUCAUGAAGAGUGGUCCAAGGCUGCUCCCAUGCUAGUAGCUCGGUUUGGUCAUGGUUCUGCUGAACUCAAACAUUGUCUAUAUGUUGUUGGAGGGCACACAGCAGCCACUGGUUGCCUCCCAGCUUCUCCUUCAGUAUCCUUAAAGCAAGUAGAACAGUAUGAUCCUGUGACCAACAAAUGGACAAUGGUUGCUCCACUUCGAGAAGGAGUAAGCAAUGCAGCUGUAGUCAGUGCAAAGCUGAAGCUGUUUGCCUUUGGCGGUACCAGUGUCAGCCAUGAUAAGCUACCCAAAGUUCAGUGUUACGACCUUUGCGAAAACAGAUGGACAGUACCAGCCACCUGCCCCCAGCCAUGGCGAUACACAGCUGCAGCUGUUCUGGGCAACCAGAUCUUUAUUAUGGGUGGAGAUACUGAAUUCUCCGCGUGCUCGGCUUAUAAAUUCAACAGUGAAACUUACCAGUGGACUAAAGUGGGAGAUGUUACAGCUAAGAGAAUGAGCUGCCACGCAGUAGCGUCGGGAAACAAGCUGUAUGUUGUUGGGGGAUAUUUUGGCAUCCAGAGAUGCAAGACGCUAGAUUGCUAUGACCCCACUCUAGAUGUAUGGAACAGCAUAACCACAGUGCCCUACUCCCUAAUUCCCACUGCAUUUGUGAGCACAUGGAAGCAUCUCCCUUCUUAACUGCAUGUGUGCCUGUACAGUUUGUUCCAUUAUUUGGUGAAGAAAUGUUGGAACUGUGGAGAAGCAGCUUUAAUGAAGAAGAA